AUGCCCUCAUCCAACACUGGAGAGUCGGACACCACAGACCCCAUGCCUGUAGUAUCGGACGACAUGGUCUCAUCAGAGCACGAGGUGUAUACCUCAGAUACUACUAGCACGGACGACGAUGAUUUCCAACCAUUUGCGCUGCCCGAUGUCGUUGCUGAGCCCGCUGAUGGUCCUAUCGCUGGGGAUUUGCCGCUCGCGGGAGUGCAGCACCAUUCGCAUGACACGGACCCUGAUGUGGCAUCAUCCGCUGCACCUGCCCCUGCCCCUAGCUUUGAGUUUGGUCAUGACAUUGAUGACGAUUCGGAUCCUGUUUUCCCACCGGGAUUUGAUCUCGAUCAUGACAUUGAGUUUAUUCAUUUAGAUCAGCCCAUGGAGGAUCCCGUAGCCCCUGUUGACCCUAUGUUUGCUGAUCCCGCUGAUUUCGAGAUGGAGUUUGAUGAUCUGGAGCCUGUUGCGGCCCCUGAGCCAGCUGAUGCUCCUGUCCUCGCAUUCGAGCAUGACCCUGUUCAUGCUGAUGUACCCCCUGAUGAUCCUUUGAUUGCUGAUAUACCUGUUGAUGAUCAUCUUGUUGUUGUUCCACAGUUGGUGGAUGAUCAUGUUGCUAUUGAUGCUCAUAUUGAUGCCCCUCACAUUGCUGACAUUCCUGCUGAUCCUGUUGUUGCCCCUCUUCCUGACCCUGUGCCUCUACAGUUCGAUAAUGCACCUUUUGCGACCCAUGUUGAUCCUCGAUACGCGCACACCCGAAAUGGGUGGAUAGACGAUGAUGAUGACAACCUGCCUUUUGUGGUACCUGUUACACCUGCUUCAGCACCUGCUACAGCUCCUAUUGAUGCACCAUUGUUUCCCACACUCACCGCUGAUGCUCACCGCACCGACUUGCCUAUCACAUUUCUCCAGGACAUACCCCCACCACGUCCUGGGGAGGGUUCAUCCCGUCAGCCGUUUGGUCAGAUACCUUUCAUGACUGGAGGAGAUCAGUUUGUACCUCCAAUUUCUCAUCAUACUGCCGUUCCCCCUGUUGCACCAUUUGCUAUGCCAUCCUUUGCUCCAUCUAGUGAGCCUUUUCUCUGGACUUCGCCACCCAUUAUGCCGCCAUCUGAUCCUUAUCAUCCUUAA